AUGCCCACUUACAAGAUCGAAAGGUGUACCGUCGAAGAUAGUGCCGGAGUAGCACGCAACAACAUGUCAGCCUUCUGGACCGAUUCUACGUGGAGACUCGUCUGGCCUGAGGAUCGGACUCUGGAGGAGGUGAUAGAGGCGUGUGCACUGCGUUGGCCGAACACAGUUCUCACUGACAGAGUCCAUAAGCGACAUUUGAAGGCGGUUGAGGUCGAGACUGGCACAGUUGUAGGCUAUAUUCGGUUUCUUCUCCCAGACAGGCUUUCUGGAGAAUGGCUUGAUGCGCAACCUCCCGAUGUGACUGCCGAACAGAGGAAACAGUUCGACAAGCAGACUGCUAGUGCUAAUUGGACAUUUCGCUCUCACGCUGAGGAUAUUGACGAGCCGUUAGAGCCUAUUUUGGCCAAGUAUAGGAGCAGGGACUAUAUGGAACUCGAAUUCCUCGCCGUCCAGCCCGCGUACCGUGGCCAAGGAAUCGCCACUCUGUUGAUGGAGGCUAGUCUCGCCGAGUCCGACAGGCUGGGGAUUGACGUUUUCAUGGUCGCUUAUAAGGCUGGCCUCGGCGUGUACAAGAGAAUGGGAUUCGAGAUUUUAGAAUCACUCAUCAUAGACGAUACUCCCUGGGGCGGUCAAGGAGAAUACGCAAAUUAUUUCAUGGAAAGGAAGGCACGGAAGCAACAUUAA